AUGUACUUGAUCUAUAAGAAAAUCAAGAAACGCAAUGCGAGGAAGAAAUUGGAGGAACAGCUCCAACAGACAACUGGGCACAGUGAAACCCCUGUUGGUGUUAACGAGAUUGUCUUGAAGACAGAGCCAAAGAUAGCACCCAAGUUGAGCGAGACAGUACCCGAGAAAGGAGAAUCUUCACCAGAAGAAAAAGCUGCAACGAAGAAAAGACGUGUCUACCGCUGGAAAUUGAUCCUCGGUCUCUUCGGUCCUUUCUGUCUUCAGUCGCUAGAUACGACCAUCGUUGCGUCUGCACUACCCUAUAUUGCGGAAGAUUUCCACCAAGUCAGUCAAUUGAAUUGGAUCAUCUCAGCAUUCAAUUUGACCUCCGCCGCAUCCCUCUUUUUCUGGGCCCAACUUUCAGACCUCUUCGGCAGACAUAAUACUCUCCAAGCAGCCAUCUUCACUAUGGUCGUUGGCUCAGCUAUCUGCACCGGCUCUCCAACCUCUACAUUCGGUGUCCUUCUCUUCGGUCGUGCGUUACAGGGUGUCGGUGCAGCAGGAGUUAGUAUCUCUGUCCGCACCAUUCUUGCAGAUGGUGUCUCGCUCUCGGAGUACGCUGUUAAUUGGACUAUCUUUGCCCUGGUGUCAGGCAUCGGGUUCAGUAUAGGCCCUGUGAUCGGUGGAUACUUGACCACUGCGUCGUGGCGGUGGUGCUUUGCCAUUAACCUACCUAUCGGCAUUGCAGCUAUGAUCCUGGUUGUGUUUAUUCUUCGCAAAGAUCUUCAAGGUCCACAGGCUCUUCCGCAGCUGGAAGGGAGGGAUCUCUCUACCGUUGCUCGACGCUUCAUGGCCCGGAUUGCGACGAUUGAUAUUGGUGGUCAGCUGCUUUUCCUUUGGGGAUUUGGACUCCUUAUCUUGGCGUUGACAUGGGCCGGUGGUAAUUACUCUUGGAGCUCUGCAGCAGUCUUGGCUCCUAUUGUCAUUGGUGCUAUUCUGUCUGUCGCCUGGGUUGUUUAUGAGCGAUUUAUGGUUCCGGGUGCUUUUAUGGCGCGUGUCUUACCCCGCCAGAAGGCCAUGAUGCCAUGGGAGCUGAUUUCACAACGUGACAUUGGUUUACUGUUUCUUAUCAACUUCUCGAUGGGAGUUUCUAUGUUCGCUGUCAUGUACUUUAUGGACCUUUACUUCGCUCUCGUUGAAGGGAACAGCUCAAGUAAAGCUGGAACAUCCCUGCUAUACUUCUUACCGGGCUUAGGUGUUGGUGGCUACCUGGCUAUGUUUGCAUCAAACAUCUGGCCUCGCCAAACCCUCCCUACUCUGAUGCUCGGUAGCCUCACUUCGGCUGUCGGAAUCACAGUCCUAGCUUGGGCUGUCAAAAAAGCUCAAACAGACGUCAUCUACGGUAUGAUGGCCCUUGUGGGCUUCGGUGUCGGUAGCCGCAUGAAUCCAGCCUCAUUGCACGGUCUAGCCUAUUUCCCAGCUAUGACGGCCCAGAUCUCAUGCGUGGUCUCCUUUGCUCUUCCAUUUGGUGGUCUUGUUGGAUUGACGAUCAUGUCAACGGUUUUCACUAAUAAAAGUGGAACUGACGAGUCAAAUCCGAAGCGAGGAAUCAUGUGGGCAUUUAUUGCUAUGAUACCGUUUAUGUGGAUAUCUGUCAUCUUGACUACUUUCCUUGGAAAUGUUUGGAUCAAGAAAGAUGGUGGGCAUGAGGUUGUAAAUGGGGCUUAUCUGUGGAGUCUUAUUACUCGGAAGAAACUUGAUCGGGAGAGACGGGAUCGAGGCGAGAAUGUGCCGCAGGUCAGUGAUGAGAAAGAAAGGGAUGUUGAGAUGACUCCCGCCCAACCUGUUUCGGGUCGGAUUGAGGAAGACGAGAUUACUCGGGCUUGA